AUCACCUACGUGUCAAGCUCUAAACCCACUUUCUCUACUAUUUAUACUCACCAUUCCCAGUCGCCGCUUCUCCACAACAGCUUAGUAGUCUUAUCUGCAGUGUUACCAUGGCUAAGAGUCUUUGUUGCUUUUUGCUUUGCUUUCUUAUUCUCUUCAAUUACUGCUCGGCUCGGCAGCAAAAGUCUAGGCAGCAAAAUGAGUGCAGCAUCUCUAGACUCACUGCUCAGAAACCUUCCAACCGGAUCCAGUCAGAGGCCGGUGUGACCGAGGUCUUUGAUCAUAACAAUGAGCAAUUCCAGUGCGCGGGUGUGGCUGUUGUUCGCUAUACUAUUGAACCCAACGGCUUGCUUUUGCCUUCCUACGUCAAUGCGCCUCAACUCUUGUACUUCGUCCAAGGUAGAGGCUUGCAGGGAAUCCUGAUCAGUGGUUGUCCUGAAACCUUCCAAUCAUUCCAGGAAUCUCAGGAAGGGCAACAAGGAAGAGAACAGGAAGGGCAGCAAGGACAACAGGGACAACAAGGCCAGCAAGGACAACAAGGCCAGCAAUUCCUUGGAGACCAACAUCAGAAGAUCCGAGAGGUCGAAGAGGGUGAUGCUUUUGCAGUGCCCACCGGAUUUGGGCAUUAUAUCUAUAACAAUGGUAACAGACAGCUUGUUGUAGUUUCUGUCCUCGACGUCAGCAAUGAGGCCAACCAACUUGAUUUCCAACCCAGAAGAUUCUAUCUUGCCGGCAACCCACAAAAUGAAUUUCAGCAGCAACAGCAACAACAACAAGAACAACAACAAGGAAGCGAGGGCCAGCAGCAACAGCAAGAAGGGGGCGGCAGUGAGGGCAGAGGGCAAGAGAGUUCCGGCGACAACAUCUUCAGUGGUUUCGAUGCACAGCAGUUGGCUGAGGCAUUUAACGUGGAUGUCCAGCUCAUAAGGAAGCUUCAGGGCCAAAAUGACAGGAGGGGCAACAUAGUGAGAGUGGAGGGAGGCCUACAGGCACUGUUACCACCAAGGGGACAACAGGAGCGAGGAGAGCAACAGCAAGAUCACCUCCAUGCACGCGGAAAUGGCUAUGAAGAGACCAUAUGCAGCUUGAGGCUCAAACAAAACAUCGGUGAUCCAUGGAGAGCAGAUGUCUACACACCUAGAGGUGGACACAGGAGCAGCGUCACCGGCUAUGAUCUUCCAGUUCUCCAAAAGCUUGUUAAAUUAAGUGCUCAUAAAGGACGUCUAUAUCAGGGCGCAUUGGUGCUACCAUACUACAACGUGAAUGCCAAUAGUGUAAUCUACGCUAUAAGAGGCAGUGCCAGGAUUCAAGUAGUGCAACAGCAGGGCCAGACAGUGGCCAAUGAGGAAGUCCAGCAGGGUCAGGUGUUGGUUAUUCCACAGAACUUCGCUGCGUUGAUAAAAGCAAGGGAUUCAGGCUUUGAGUAUGUGGCGAUCAAGACUGAUGAAAAUGCCAUGAUUAACACUUUAGCCGGCAAUCUUUCGCUGAUGCGGGCUAUGCCAGUCCAAGUCAUAGCCAGCGCCUACCAGGCGUCCAAUAACGAGGCUAAGCAGCUGAAGCAUAACAGGCAGGAGAGCACUAUAGGGGCUCCGGGAAGUUCUAGGUCUGAGUAGAGGGCCUCUGCUUAAUGCAUCAGGUUUGUUUAUCAGGUUGUUGUAUAGGUUUGGAAAAUAAUAAGAGGCCAUAUUACUUGGCUUUUUUGUACCCCAUGAUGUACAAUGAGAGUUGAGUUUUUGCUCUUUAAUAAUAAUAAUAAUAACACCAAUAAUGCUUAUGCAGUAA